GUGCCUUGUGGUGUCCGGGUGUGGUGAGUGUAGGUGUGUAUCACAAGGUGCAGACCGUUGUGUGACAAAGCCCAUUGUGUGUCAGUGUGUGUCUUGAUCCACGUGGACGGACGUCUCUUCCUUGCUCUGCCCCAAGACACACCCCAGCCCCUCCUUAGUCUCGGAAGGGGGGCUGGGGAGCCUCCCCCUACUCAAGGGCCUCCCCUGCCCCUCCCUGCCCUGCCCAGCCCUCACCACUCCCCAGAGGGCACAGGGCUCUGCUGCGCCUCAGAGCAAAAGUCCAGAGCCAGCAGAGCGGGCUGACGACCUGCAAGCCACAGUGGCUGCCCUUUGCGUGCUGCGAGGUGGGGGACCCUGGGCAGGAAGCUGGCUGAGCCCCAAGACCCCGGGGGCCAUGGGCGGGGAGCUGGUUCCUGGCCUGGGGGCCCUGCGGCGGCGAAAGCGCUUGCUGGAGCAGGAGACGUCGCUGGCGGGCUGGGCGCUGGCACUGGCGGGAACUGGCAUCGGACUCAUGGUGCUGCAUGCGGAGAUGCUGUGGUUCGGGGGGUGCCCGUGGGCCAUCUACCUGUUCCUGGUUAAAUGCAUGAUCAGCAUCUCCACCUUCUUGCUCCUGUGCCUGAUCCUGGCCUUUCACGCCAAGGAGGUCCAGAACUCACCCACCCUUCCCCAUAGGCAGGCUGUGAAUGCCACCGGGGACCUUUCAGACACGCUGUGGCUGAUCCCCAUCACAUUCCUGACCAUCGGCUAUGGGGACGUGGUGCCGGGCACCAUGUGGGGCAAGAUAGUCUGCCUCUGCACAGGAGUCAUGGGGGUCUGCUGCACAGCCCUGCUGGUGGCCGUGGUGGCCCGGAAGCUGGAGUUUAACAAGGCAGAGAAGCACGUGCACAACUUCAUGAUGGACAUUCAGUAUGCCAAAGAGAUGAAGGAGUCAGCUGCCCGUGUGCUGCAAGAGGCCUGGAUGUUCUACAAACACACGCGCAGGAAGGACACUGGCGCUGCCCGCAGGCAUCAGCGCAGACUGCUGGCCGCCAUCAACGUGUUCCGCCAGGUGCGGCUGAAACACCGAAAGCUCCGGGAACAAGUGAACUCCAUGGUGGACAUCUCCAAGAUGCACAUGAUCCUGUGUGACUUGCAGCUGGGUCUGAGCAGCUCACAACGGGCCCUGGAGAAGCGGAUUGACACCCUGGCAGGGAAGCUGGACACGCUGACUGAGCUGCUCAGCGCUGCCCUUGGGCCUCGGCAGCUUCCAGAACCCAGCCAGGAGGCCACGUAGCUGGACCCACGGAAGAGGAAGCAGGCUACUUUCCCUAGGACUGAGGUGAAGGCCAUCCUCCCCGCCACUCCUGACCUGGCCUCGAGAGUAAAGCACCUCAACUGUGAGGACCGAAGUCCCCGCCUUGGGGUGGUGGACUCGCUGACAGCUGGAGAGGACACUGGCUAAAGGGGAGAUGGCUUGGUCCCCCUGAAGCCUCAAAUGGGAACACGGUCACCACCACUCCACAUGCCCUCACCAAAAACACUCACUGUGCUGCUAAAGGUGACCUUGGCCUUCUAGUUAGAAAUAGAGGCACCCAGGGUGGACUCCCAGGUCCCAGGGGUGGAGGGGACUAGGGCCCGGAGUUCAGGCUUCUGGGAAGCUUCAGUUAUCGCUGGACGAGCUGAAGAACCAGGGAUGAGGCUGGGACAAGGCAGGAGGUGGUGCCCCCUGGCGGGACAGCAAGGAGGACACCGUCUUUCCAGAACUGCAGAGAUAUCUGUCUGGUGGGGAGGGGGGAGAGAGUGUAACUCAUCAGUCUCUGCUCUUAUACUUUGUAAUAAAUGUUAAACAAAGACA